UCGUGGCUGUGUACCCUGCCUGGGUUUUCCGGAAUUUGGGGAGAACUGCAGGAGGAACGAUAUGGCUUUUUCGAGUCAGCACUUGCGGGAACUGCAGGGACCUCUGCUCCCACCCAAGGACUUGUUGGCGGAGGACGAUGACUGUCUGAAGGAGGACGUGGAGGAGGAUGAAGACCUGGAGUUUGUGGAUGCCGAGGAGCUCUGCAGUGGAGGCGUCAAGGCUGGUACCCUCCCCGGGCGCCUCCACGUUGUAAUUUCUGAUGAAAACACGCAAGAGCAAUGUGACGUGUUUGGACGUUUUCCAGUAACGGGUCCUUGGUGGCGAGUGAAAGUGCACGUGAAACCUGUGGGAUCAAGGAGCUAUCAAGUUCAAGGAUUUCCAUCUUACUUUUUACAGUGUGAUAUGUCACCGCCAAAUCAAAAACAAAUCUGUUCCCUGUUUCUUAAAGACUGCAAUUUCUCCAGUGAUUAUAUAAAUAAAUUUUUAGCAUGGGUAAAUGCUGUAUCAAGCUAUAAAAACCUCAACUUUGGAAAUAUUAGGGAAACAUUAAGAACGUUCCAAAAGGAAACUGGAAAGAAGGGUCAAAAACAGUCUACACAGAAUGAAGAGGAAGAGUCUCUACUGGAAAAUGAGAUGUGCCUCCCUGUGGAAAACACGAUUCCAUUUAUAAAUGUAAUGACAGCUUUGCAGUUUCCAAAAGUAAUGGAAUUCCUUCCAGUUCUUCUGCCUCGACACUUUAAACGGCUCAUAAGCUCGGGUUCUACGAAGGUGUUGGAAGACAUAGAAGAGAUGUUAGGUACACAUCCAUGGAAACUUGGAUUUAGUAAAAUAACCUACACAGAACUGAAGCUUUUGCAAUGCGAGGCAAGUUGGACAUCAUUUUGUCAGUGCAAGUCUCUUCUCCGGUUGAUGAGUGAUUUGGAAAGGAAUGCAUUAAUAAUAUAUUCAAAACUGAGGCACAUAUGUCGAGACCAAGGGCACACAUGCAUUGAAGAAGCUGACUUAACUUCUAAGUUGUCAGACCAGAUGUCCUUCCAAGAGGCUUGGCAGUCUCUGAAGUUUUUGAAGGACAUUGGUGUGGUGACAUACGAGAAGGGCUGUGUCUUCCUUUAUGACCUCUACCAGGCUGAGCGAGGCAUUGCCUCUUCCAUAUGUGACCUGAUGACGAGGCCUCCGUGGCAUUUACGGGUGGAUGUCAAGAGGGUGCUGGCAUUAAUUCACACCACGAACCCUGAAAAUUCAAGAAGCGACGAGACACUGAACGAAAGCCAACCGGACGAAUCAAGUUUAGGAAACUCUGUGGACGUUCUGGAACCCCAGGACAGUGGUGACCACAUUUGGGAAAACGGUGAAAAUGACGUGAACGCAGAAAUAAGUGAAGCUCAGCUGGACCAGGGUCAAGUGGCUGCUUUGGAAAUGGUUUGCUCCAAUGCCGUGACAGUCAUCAGUGGGAAAGGCGGCUGUGGGAAGACCACCAUCGUUAGCCAUCUUUUUAAGCAUAUGGAGCAGUUGGAAGAAAGAGAGGUAAAAAAAGCCUGUGAGGAUUUUGAACAGGACCAGGAUGUCCCAGAAGAAUGGAUCACCUUUACCAAGCAAAGCCUUCAGAAGGCUGACAAGGCGCUAGAGGUGUUACUCACUGCCCCAACUGGGAAAGCAGCCGGCUUACUGCGGGAGAAAACUGGUUUUAAUGCUUACACACUGUGUCAGGUCAAUUACAGCUUUUAUUUAUGGGAGAAGAAAAGCCCAGCCAAGAACUGUCCAUGGAAGUUUUCUUCAGUUAGAGUUCUGGUUGUGGACGAAGGGAGUUUGGUAUCUGUCAGAAUCUUCAAGUCCGUUCUAAAGUUAUUGUGUGAGCACUCCAAACUUUCUAAGCUUAUUAUCCUUGGUGAUAUUAGACAGUUGCCCAGCAUCGAACCUGGUAACUUGCUGAUAGAUCUUUUUGAGACUCUUAAGUCAAGAAAUUGUGCUAUUGAACUAAAGAAAAACCAUAGAGCAGAAUCUGAGCUAAUUGUGAACAAUGCCACAAGAAUCUCAAGACGCCAAUUUCCAAUAUUUGAUGCAGAGCUGAAUAUCUCUGAUAAUCCAACACUCCCUGUGUCAAUACAAGAUAAAACAUUUAUUUUUAUCAGACUCCCAGAAGAGGAUGCCAGCUCUCAAUUAUCAAAAAAUGAUCCUCACUCUUAUUUAUAUUCUGCAGUUAGAACCCUACUCAAAGAAAAUGAUCUACAAGACGCACAAACAUCCCAAUUUAUUGCAUUUAGAAGGCAAGACUGUGACGUCAUCAACGCCUGCUGUUGCAAGCACUACACGGGCCACCUAAUCAAAGACCAUCGGAAUAGGCUUCAGUUUGGAGUUGGUGAUAAAAUUUGUUGUACCAGGAAUGUAUAUCUCUCGGAGUUACUCCCUGAAACUACCUCUCCUAGUCAGGAAAGUAAUGAACAAGACGCCAGUGGUGACGAUUUUAAUGGUACUCCUCAUGGUUUUGCUAAAAAUAAGCAUGACUUUGAAAGUGAUAUUCGACUCUGCAAUGGAGAAAUAUUUUUUAUAACAAAGGAUGUCACUGAUGUCACUGAUGUAACAAAGAGAAGAUCUUUGACCAUUAAUAAUGCAGCUGGUUUGGAAAUAACUGUGGACUUCGAAAAACUAAUGAAAUAUUGUCACAUAAAACAUGCAUGGGCAAGAACUAUCCACACUUUUCAGGGGUCCGAGGAGAAGACGGUCGUGUACGUGGUUGGGAAGGCGGGCCGCCAGCACUGGCAGCAUGUUUACACCGCGGUGACCAGGGGCCGUUGCCGAGUGUACGUCAUCGCGGAAGAGUCUCACCUCCGGGGUGCAAUUAUGAGAAGCAGCGUUCCCAGAAAAACUCGCUUAAAACAUUUUUUGCAAAACGAGCUCUCCCGGAGCUGUGCGUCUCCAGCAGAUUUCGCCUCCCCAUCGCAGAGCUCUGGAGAGUGCAGAGGACCGAGCACACAGCCCUCAGGGUCCCCGUUCCCUCCAGUCGAAACCAGCAAUGUGACCACUGAUGUCCCUGGAAAGGGAAGCGAGGCCUCUGCGGCUGAGGACCGGACGUUUGCCUGUCCCGGAGAAUGGACAUCAUCUUUCUCCGUUGAAGUCGACCCAGAGGAAGAUCCAGCAGAACUUCGCGGGUCCAAAAGGGCCUGUGGCCUGAGUGAUGCUGAAAGUCCAAGCAAAAUGCGGAUGGUGGAAGAAUCCUCUCCGCAUGUGUCUUCCAGACUACAGAAUUUGAGACUAAAUCGUUUAACCCCCAAGCAACUUUUCUUAUCCACAAAUAAUCAAGAAACUUAAUUUUGUUUCAGAUGGCUCAAAGUAAUUCUGUCUUUUUUCCUACUCCACACGAAAUGAACAUCAUACCUUCAAACUCUCAAGACACAAAACAGGAUGUCUGUAACUGGAGUUUUAUUUUAAGGUGUUUGUGUUAGCAGAUAUUUUAAAUUCACUGGAUCCGAGAAAACCAUAAUGAUUUCAACAUCAGUCAUCAUGAGAAUUGGUAGCCCUGGACAUAAAUGCAGGCAAAAUUUGUUGUGUUUUUUUAAAAGACUGUACUUUAGUAAGUUUUAUUUUUACAAUAAUGCCUUUAUUGACUUCCGUGAUCAUUGUGGGUGAUCGUGGCCAGCGGUUUGAAGCCAUGGUCGAGAGAAACCAUAAUUACACCUCCUGUGUUAUUGACACACAUUUCAGGAUGUUGGGUCUCCCGCUGGUUGUUCAGCUUGCAGCGUGGCUGCUCGCUCCGUCCCUGCUGGCCAGACCCACUUCACGCGGGACUGUUUUCCUAGAAAUUGCCUUCCGAGUUGGGAGUACUUUUUUUUUUUCCUUAAUUGGAGAUAUAAUUGACAUAUACCACUGUGUAAGUUGAAGGUGCACACCGUGUUGAUUUGAUACAUUUAUGUAGUCCGCAUGAUUACUGCUGUUGCAUUAUCUAACACCAUCAUGUCACAUGAUUGUCAUUUCUUCUAGGAAUACGUUGUUUUGAAAACACCCCACUUGGGAAAAUUAUUCUCUCUCAGAAUGACUUUUAUUAUUAUUUAGAGUGUUAUUUAUUGCUAAAUGGUAAAAGAAAAAGUUAAGAAAAAAAUUUACCUGUGAUUCCAAUAUUUGAAAAAUAGCCUCAGUGGGAUAUAAUUUACACACAGUUCGCCCAUUUAAAGUGUAGAACUCCACGGCUUUUAGUAUAUUCGCAGAGUUGUGCUAGUACCACCACAAUGGGUUUUGGAACAUUUUGAUCACCCUCCCCGCUCCCCCCAAGAAACCCUGUACCUCUUGGCUCUCAUCCCCUCAUCCUCUCCAGCUGUAGGCAACUACUAAUUUGUUUUGUCCAUACUCAUUUGCCUGUUCCAGACAUUUCGUAACAAUGGGAUCAUAUAAUAUGUGGUCCUUUGUGACUGACUCCUUUAACUUAGCAGAAUGAUUUUGGACUUUCUGUUGUGGUAUUAGUGCUCUACCUCUCUCUCUCUCUUUAUAAUUAUUUUUUUUUUACUAUGUUAGUCACCAUACAGUACGUCACUAGUUUUUGAUGCAGUGUUUCCAGGUUCAUUGUUGCCCUAUAAGACCCAGUGCUCCAGGCAAUACAUGCCCUCCUUAAUCACCAGGCCAGACCACCCACCACCUCCCGCAAAAAACCCUGUUUGUUUCUUAGAGU